UGUCACCCUCACGUUCAUCACAUACUGCGUGCGCGCACCCGUCCGUCUGCUGUGCGCGCCGCCGUUCCUGCGGUAUUCAGCAGGCUGUGGUCGGACUCCGACAGGCUCCCACCGACACCAACUAAAUAAUGAACAACAAAUUUGACGCUCUGAAAGAUGAUGACAGUGGAGACCACGACCAGGACCAAGGCUCACCGAAAGACGGUGAGAAGGAAAAAACUGAAGACGAGGACAAGGAACAGAACGCCUCCAAGAGAAAGGUCAGCCUAUUAAAGAAUGACACGCUGGUGGUGCCAGGGGCAGGAGAGCACCCUCUUCAAUACAACUACUCCUUCUGGUACUCCAGACGCACCCCGGGGAGACCGGCCAGUACUCAGAGCUACGAGCAGAACAUUAAACAAAUUGGCACCUUCGCUUCGGUGGAGCAGUUCUGGCGUUUCUAUAGUCACAUGAUCCGACCAGGCGACCUGACCGGCCAUAGUGACUUCCAUCUCUUCAAGGACGGUAUUAAACCCAUGUGGGAGGAUGAUGCCAAUAAGAUGGGUGGGAAGUGGAUCAUUCGUCUGAGGAAAGGCCUGGCGUCUCGGUGCUGGGAGAACCUGAUCCUGGCCAUGCUCGGGGAGCAGUUCAUGGUUGGAGAGGAGAUCUGCGGGGCCGUAGUGUCAGUACGCUUCCAGGAGGACAUCAUCUCCAUCUGGAACAAAACAGCUAGCGACCAGGCGACCACUGCCCGCAUCAGAGACACCCUGCGCAGAGUCCUCAACCUGCCUCCCAACACCAUCAUGGAGUACAAGACUCACACAGACAGCAUCAAGUAUAGCAUGGGAAGACUUCCAUGGACUGGUGACUGCUAGUGGCGGACGUUAGCCCCUCACACAGACGACCUCUGCGAGAGUGUGUGUAUAAUAUUCGAUAAUGUGCUGGGGGAUGACGAGUCCAAGGAGAGAAGGAUUUCUCUACGUGGAUUGACUGCGUAAUAUGAAGACAGAGCAAAAGGCAGGAACAGAAGCAAGAAGACUAUUCCUUCUUUGUGUCAAAUUGAAAAAUGAACAGAAAAGCCUGUCAACACUGAACCAAGCCGAAGAGAGAAAAAUGCGUUAUUUUUAAUCAACCAGAGAAGAACGACGCCUCCAAUUUUAUUUUUAUUUUUUAAUGCAAGUUGUAACAUCUGUUAACUUGCCACCAGAGGGAGGCCAUGUGACUGGUGUUUGCUGAUCUGGUCAUGAGCUGUUAACAAAGUGUACUUGACAAAAUACAACACAACCAAUCUGUUAUAAUACUAGAUCUGAUUUUACCAUAACAUCACCCUUCCCUCUGUUUAAAAUUAAUCUGUGUUAAUCUGUUUCAUUGGGACUCAAAAACAGGGUUGCAGGUAGAUGUUAUUUUAUUACAGUGCUGUAUUUUAACUACAAUUCCUCUGGUCAUUUCGAACUAGAAUGAUUACUAUUAUUGUGUGUACGAUAUAUUUGUAAAUACAGUCCACUUCAAAGAUCACUUAACUGAAUCAGCGAUGAUUCUCCGGGUCAAAGACCUGGAAGUUGAAUCCCAAAGGAUGAGGACCAUCCUGUGUUGGGCAGAAGGUUGUAUAACCGGCAUCUUAAGAAUGGACUGCCAAGCUGCCUAUAUCACUGUGCCUGGCCUCGAGCCCGACCCGAACCAGUUUCCUCUUCUGUCUCUUUUGUCUUUAUCCCGCCUUGAAAGAAUCCAAGGGAUGGGCUCUGCUUUAACAAAGGUGUAUAGGAGUCCUGAAACACUGACCUUCACUCUUUUUCCAUUUUGUAGUAAAAGAAAUGAAAUUGGGCCCACGGUCAGGGUCUGUUACAGUUUUUAUCAAUUCCUUGGGAGCAUUUUUUUGGAAUCAUGUUAAGAAAGCGCCUAUUAAGUUUGGUGAAAGACUGUAAUGCUGCCCGUGUUUGGUGGUGUGAUGAUGGGUGCAGGUGUGUGUCAAAAGUGAAGAACCACUGCUGGAUGUACACCUGAUGGAUUAUAGCAAUAAAUGUCAAUUAUGCAUCUGCUGCUAAA